GGGGGCGCCGGUUCCGCUCCGUUUCUUAUCACGUGACCUCCCAUCACGUGACAUCCGCUUGGGGGACGUUCUAUUUCCCAGCGUGCUUUGCGCGCCUCCGUCUCUUCCGGUGCCAAGAUGUCGAAGCGAGGACGCGGAGGUUCCUCCGGAGCGAAGUUCCGCAUCUCCCUCGGUCUCCCCGUUGGAGCCGUGAUUAACUGCGCUGAUAACACAGGUGCCAAGAACCUGUACAUCAUCUCCGUGAAGGGGAUUAAAGGGCGACUGAACAGGCUGCCAGCAGCUGGAGUGGGUGACAUGGUGAUGGCGACUGUCAAGAAGGGCAAACCAGAGCUGAGGAAGAAGGUGCACCCAGCGGUGGUCAUUCGGCAACGAAAAUCAUAUAGGAGAAAAGAUGGAGUGUUCUUGUAUUUUGAAGACAACGCGGGUGUCAUAGUGAACAAUAAAGGUGAAAUGAAAGGUUCAGCCAUCACAGGCCCCGUGGCCAAGGAAUGUGCAGAUCUGUGGCCCAGGAUAGCCUCCAAUGCAGGAAGCAUUGCGUGAACACGCGUGGAGAUGGAAAUAAAAAGUACUUGUACCAAAAAA